UGGUAGGAGGAAGAAGAGGAAUCCACUGAGCUUUGUCUCCGGGCCUGUUUGGUUGAAGUCCUCAGCUGAUGGCGGAACGGCGGACCCACGGCGGGCCGGACGCUUUCAAACAGAACUGAGGUCCACUGGUGAACGAUCCAGGCAGAAGCGGUGUGUCCACACACAGGUUGGGUUUAUGUCUGUUCGGUGACGCUGUAGUGAUGGGACCGCGGAGGAAGGCGUCUAAACUGCAGCUGGUGGUGGGCAGCGGUGGAGGAGAGGUGCUUCAGAGACCCCUGGAACCUAAAGACUACAUCAAUGAGCUGUCCCAUGAAGUCCUCUGUCACAUCUUCAGGUACCUUCCAAUGAAGGACAUCAUGUGUAUGGAGUUUCUGUCCAGGAAGCUUCGAGAAGCUGUGACUCUGUACCUGCGGGUCAUAAAAGUGGUGGAUCUGUGUGCUGGUUGUUGGUGGGAGUAUAUGCCUUCAGGUUUCACAGACCCGAGCUUUCUGAUCCUUCUGAAGAAGAUGCCUGAUCUGGAGCAGCUGUACGGCCUUCACCCUCGAUACCUGGAGAGGAGACGUGUGAGGGGCUACGAGGCUUUCAGCAUCCCGGGAGUCCUGGAGGCGCUGCAGGCUUGUCCCAAUCUGCUGGGGGUGGAGACGUCCCACCUGGAACUGGUGGAGGCCAUCUGGAACUACAUGCCCCAGGUCCACAUCCUGGGAAAGUUCCGCAACCGUAAUGGAGCAUUUCCCAUUCCUACUGAGAACAAACUAACCAUCCCCGUCACGGCCAAAAUCCAAACCCUUCAUCUCGUGGGUGUGAAUGUCCCAGAGAUCCCCUGUGUGUCCAUGUUACGCCACCUGUACCUGAAGUGGGUCCGUUUCACCAAACCACAGCCGUUUAAGGACUUCCUGUGUGUGAGCCUGAGGACCUUCGUCAUGAGGAACUGUGCUGGACCGACCAACUCCCUUAAAUAUGUCCCCCUAGUUACUGGUUUGGCUUCAGCUCGGAACCUGGAGCAGCUGGAGCUGGUCAGGGUUCCUUUCCUGGGAGGGCUGAUCCAGCAUGUGGUGGAGGACAGCUGGAGGUCAGGGGGAUUUCGGAACCUCCAUACCAUCGUGUUCGGAGCUUGUAAGAAUGCCCUGGAAGUGGAUCUGGGCUACCUCAUCAUCACUGCAGCUCGCAGGCUUCAUGAGCUGCGUAUCCAGCCCUCUCUCACUAAGGAUGGAGUCUUCUCAGCUCUGAAAAUGGCUGAACUUGAGUUUCCUCAGUUUGAGACGCUUCAUCUGGGAUAUGUGGAUGAGUUCCUUCUCCAAUGUAAGAUGAGUCACUCUGAGCUGGUGAAGUACGGUCUGGCUGACGUCGUUGAAAAUCCUGGAAUCAUCACUGAUAUCGGCAUAAAGGUGGUGAAUGAGGUGUUUACUAACAUCAAGUAUCUGCACAUCUAUAACUGUCCUCACCUCCACAACCCUCAUCAGUGGAUCACAGAUCAGUCCAGAUGGAGCCGCCUGGUAGACCUGACUCUGGUUCGCUGCCACGCCAUCAAACUGGAGUCCUUCUCCCACUUCAUAGAGCUGCUGCCCUGCCUGGAGUUUAUCUGUCUGGACCAGAUGUUCAGAGAGCCUCCAAAGGGCUGUGCCAGGGUGGGUCUCAGUGCAGGAACUGGUAUCGGCGUGUCUUCUGCUCUGGUCAGCAACCAGAACUCCAACAAUGAAAACAACCACCAUCAUCACCCUAAUGAGGCCAACAUGGCUGCUGCUCCUCCACCUGUCAACAACGUCCACAACAUCAACAACAAUGUCAACAACAACAACCAGAGGCAGCAGCAGAAUCAUGAACAAGUGGAGAUAAACGGGAUGGAAGAAGAUGAUGAAGAGGAGGUUGCCUAUCCUAAUGAGAAAAUAGAGGAAGAUCCAGAGAUAGACCUUAGGGAAGCGGACGUGGGAAUGGGGAAAGAAGAAACGGAUGUGGCAGGAACCAGUUAUUCAACUGAAACAUCUCACCCUCCUGAUGAGGAACAAGCAGGUCCCAGUGGUUUGAGCCAGCAGUGCAGACCAGCUGGUUCUGCUGCUCCCAAGCCCCCAGUAGGGGUUUCAGACUCUGACAGUGAGGAAGAGGAAGGCCUUGCUUCAAGGCUAAUGCCUCCUUCCUGUCUGCAGCAAACAGCUUCUUGUACAAAAGGUAAAGGGAAGACUCCUCUGCGGCGAAGCAGCAGUAUCGUUGGGUCUCAUGCAGCUUCGGAGCAGUUGAAGCCUCAGAUGUGUCGGAGCAGCUGUGAGAAGAGCUGCCAGGUGACCAGUGAACAGAUCAAGGCUGACAUAAAGGCCGCAACUGAGACCACCAAGAGGACUAUAAGUAAAGGAACCAACCUUAAAUCUGUAGAGGCCACGGUGAGACCAGGAGCUGAUGGUGGGUUAGUACCGUCCAGGAGUUCUUCAGCGGCACUGAGGACCCGAGUGAGGCCAGUUACUGGAUCUCUGAGCAGGGAAGGACCUGCAGCAGCUGUAGGGGCAUAUGGGAGGGUGAUGGAGGGCCACUCUCACAGAUCUACCAUAGAAAGAGCCUCAGGGUUAGUUCGAACUACUCACUGUACCCAAUCUGAGGCUCAGACUGGAGGGUCCAGGCAGAGGCCCAGUCCUGCUGUCGACCAUGGUUUGGAGACGUCAGCACUGCAGCAGGGACAACCCAGCCUGGAUGGAACUGCCUCUGUUACUGGUUUAGGUUCACAACAAAGACGGAUCAGUCAGGACUUUGUUCCCAGGAGACCUUUAACUCGAUCCUGCACCCGCACCUCUUCUGUGCCUCUGGUACCUGAGACAGAUCUUUCAAGAGCCAGACCUCGAGUAGCAGUUAGAAGGAAACGGAUGACCGACAAAUCAACCAGCACCUCAGACCCGGUCACUGAGGAUGACCAUGUACAGAUUUUGACCCUGAAAAGCAAAAACCUGGUGGGCAUCACACUGACCAACUGUGGAAUCACUGACCUGGUCCUCAAAGACUGUCCCAAGAUGAUGUUCAUCCACGCCACUAGAUGUCGGGUCCUGAAGCAGCUGCGAAUAGACCGGGCCCCUAUUGUGAACCGGUUUGACUAUGCUCAGUGUAAGAAGCUGGACAUGGUUCAAGUUUUGGAUCAGAUUCUGAGAAUGCCUCCAGAGAGAAACCGCAUCAUCUACAUGCGUCCUAUGCACCAGAUUGACUCGGUGGCUCUGGAACGUCAGCUUUUCCAGGGACCGUAUCCCUAUCACAUCGCUAUCGUACACGAGUUCAGCAACCCCCCAAACAUACGCAACAAAGUGCGAAUCCGUAGCUGGAUGGACACCAUAGCUAACAUCAGCCAGGAGUUGAUCAAGUAUGAGUUUUUCCCAGAAGCCACCAGAACAGAAGAAGAUGUGAAGAAGUAUCCUAAAUACCCCUGGGGGCGCGACAUCUACACACUGGAGGGCGUGGUUGACGGCGCACCCUACAGCAUGAUCACAGACUUCCCUUGGCUCAGAACCCUAAGAGCAGCUGAUCCGAACAGCUACGCCCGCUGUGACUUCGAAGAUGAUGAAAGCACCACCAUCUACGCACCGCGCCGUAAAGGACAGCUGUCGGCGGACAUCUGCAUGGAGACCAUCGGUGAGGAGAUCUCUGAGUGCCGACAAAGCAGACGAGGAGUGUUCCAGAGAGUGGUGGUUCUCUUCCUUCAUCACUGUGAUACUCCAGGAGAACCCGUGGACGACGACUACAUCUAGACGCUCUGCCAAGUCAGGCUCCCCCCACUCUUCCAGUCCAGACACAGACUGGGGGUCCUGUCUAGCCCAGUUCUGUAUCUGACCUUAAAUACACUGACGGAUGACUCUGCUUCUCUGACCCGUUAAACACGCUGAAGAAUACGGUUUCUGGUGGAUGGAGGUGCAGACCUGCAGCAGUCCUGGUCGUCUGCUGACUCGGCGCUGAUUCUGGAGCAUUGUUUUCCUGCUUCCAGGUCCAGUCUUCAUCGUGACUCCAUGUUUUCUCCUGAUCCGUUUCCAUUCAGUCACACAGGAACAUUUCAGAGAAGAAACCUGCUGGAUGGUACGUUCUGAAUCCAAAAUGGAAACGGACUGAACCAGUGCAAUUGGACUCUUCCAGAACCCAGCUCUGCUCAGCUGGAUCCCCCAUGUUCAGGAGACCUCAGAUUGUUCCGGAUGGAGAUGUGAUUCUGCUGUGAUGGAGCACCAGGAAUCCUUAGUUUAGUUUUCCUAACCUUCUUUUUGUUCCAUCUGAUGAAGAACUGAAGAGAACCGGGUUCUGCAGAGGUUCUGAUGGAUUUGAGUUGAAAAGAUGAAAAGAAACUUGAUUUUCUCAGUUUGAAGUUUUGCAGAUGUGAUGAGAUUCUGAAGUUUGUCUUUGUUUGUUUGGAAGAAAGACGAAGUAAAAUAAUGAAAACUAACCCAUGUUUUGCUUUUCUUUCUGCUGUAGCACAACAGAAAAUCACCAUGGUCCUGAAACUGGACUGACCAGAACCAGUUCCAGAUCUUCCAGUGAUAGUCAGAUUAUUAUCAGAUUAUCAUUGUCACAUCAGCAACUAGAAACAAAAUAAACUUACACAAAUUACAAACUGCACAAACAUAAAUUUUUUACACAGAUUUUUACCUUCAAUCUCACAGAUUCAUACAUUCAUACAGAACAUGUGCACGAACCACCCGAUGCGCAGGUACAUACCUGCAUGCACACAGAUCAGUUUACACGUGCAAGAGCUUCCAGAUGCUUCAUGUUCACAGCGUGUUAACAUGCUGGUUGGAAGCUGGGUCACCUCGAUUUUCUCCUCUUGUGCGCCUGUGAUUUGGUCCGUUUUCAGCAAGCUCAGCUAUCCAUCGUUUGACGCAGAAGACGGCGCAGUGGCAGCGGAAAUCAUGGGCAGUGCUGAGCAAAAUAGCUGACGUGACCAGGAAGAGAAACGAACCAAAGAAGAGGAUCAGGAAGG